AUGCAUCCUUCAACGGGCUCCACAAUCACCUCUUCGAUCCCAGCGUCUCCCUCCGAUGGCGCUGCUGCUGAAAUGCCCUCUCCAAUCCCCGCCAACGAUGGUAACCAGCCCAACCAGUGCCCUCACAGCGAGAUAUGCCAAUGCGCAGAAUGCCCCGGCUGCAAGAACUUGAUUUAUGUCUGGAAGACGGAGCAGUGUGCUGCAUGCUACAUGGACCACCCUGCCAUUGUUCAAUAG